AUGCAGUAUAUAGCUGAGAAAUGUGGCUGGACAGAUCUAUAUCCGAUCGAUGUGAAGGCACACGCAAAGGUGAACCAAUAUUUGCAUUGGCAUCACACGAAUGCUCGCCUUAUCACGUCUCAGGUACUUGUGCCACUUUUACAUGCAAAGCAAAAUAUCCUCACGCCCGAGGAGACUGUGUUCAUAAAGGCUAUUCCAUCUCUUAUUACCAAGCAAGUGGAACAUAUGGAAAAGUUCCUGGUCAAAGGCUUUGUGGCUGAAACAGACUACCCCACCAUUGCUGACUUUGCUGCCUAUUGCGAGUUUGUACAGGUCGAGCUUAUGGGUAUUCAUGAUUUCUCCAAGUAUUCAAAGUUUUCUACCUGGCUUAAGCACAUGAAGUCGGUGCCGCACCACGACGAGAUGCACAAACCGUUGGACGAGCUCUUGACAACGAUGGAUCUCAAGAUGAAGGUUAUUUCAUAA